UACUUUUUAGGCGCCUCCUCCGCUGCGAUGAACUUAAGCCGCCUGUGCCGUCUACUGAAGCCGGCCCUUCUGUGCGGGGCUCUGGCUGCGCCAGGCCUGGCCAGCACCAUGUGCGCCUCCCGCGACGACUGGCGCUGUGCUCAGUCCAUGCACGAGUUCUCAGCCAAGGACAUCGACGGGCACAUGGUUAACCUGGACAAGUACCGGGGCUUCGUGUGCAUCGUCACCAACGUGGCCUCGCAAUGAGGCAAAACAGACGUAAACUACACUCAGCUCGUCGACCUGCACGCCCGAUAUGCUGAGUGCGGUUUACGGAUCCUGGCUUUCCCUUGCAACCAGUUCGGGAGGCAGGAGCCAGGGACUAAUGCAGAGAUCAAAGAGUUCGCUGCCGGCUAUAAUGUCAAAUUCGAUAUGUAUAGCAAGAUCUGUGUGAAUGGGGAUGACGCCCACCCGUUGUGGAAGUGGAUGAAAGUCCAGCCCAAGGGAAGGGGCAUCCUGGGAAAUGCCAUCAAGUGGAACUUCACCAAGUUCCUCAUUGACAAGAACGGUUGUGUAGUGAAGCGGUAUGGUCCCAUGGAAGAGCCCCUGGUCAUAGAGAAGGACCUGCCCUGCUACCUGUAACUCCACAAGUGUGUACCCUCCAUCCGAGCCUACCACCCGUGCUCCUUGGAGCUUUCCACCCGGCACCCAUGACAGUCUGUCUAAAAACCAGCCCACUGGUGGGGCAGACCUGAGAACCUGGCGUGCACCCCUGCCGGAGGAAGGCCCUCAGCCCGGCCUGGAUUGUAGCUCGGCAUCCCCUCCCCCUAGCUGUCUUGUGGGAAUAAAACGUACAAAUUGA